AUGAAGGUAUCUGCAGCGACCGCCGUCCUGGUCGCUCUGGUCGCCACCGUGCAGAGCUCGGACCCAUGUAACAUAUCUACUUGCUACAAGAGUGGCACGACGAAGCCGCCAAUGGCCGUUACACCCACUCACCUGCCGGUUCAGUCAUCUUCCACCCCGACCAGCCAUCCACAGACCACGUACGCCAAGGAUCACGUGCACGGUUCGACCACCAUCAAGUCCGGUGCCAAUGCCACGGUCACGACAGCCAGCGGAGCGUCCGUCAACGGCACUGAGCGGCCGGCCGUCAUCAAGUCUUCCGCCGGAGUGACCGGAAACUCCACCACGCCCAAACCUACAAUGACCGAAGGACACGUGGCUCUGAAACAGAAGUUGAACACAAUUGCGGUGAAGUGCAAGGAUGAGCUGCACGCGCCCCAAGAGAUCAUGGCACUGGUCAGCAACACGGUGGUACCGCAGAACGAGCAACAAAGGUGCUACUUAGAGUGUGUGUACAAAAAUCUUAAUUUGAUCAAGAAUAACAAGUUCAGUGUAGAAGACGGCAAGGCGAUGGCUAGAAUACGUUUCGCAAACCAACCGGAAGAGCACAAGAAGGCAGUAACCAUAAUAGAAACUUGUGAAAAAGAAGCUGUUAUCGAUCCGAAAACCACUGAAAAAUGCGUAGCUGGACGAGUAAUCAGAAACUGCUUCGUUAAAAACGGAGAAAAAAUAAAUUUCUUCCCUAAAGCAUAA